GAGCGAAACCCAGCCCUGCCUUCCAAGCUUGGGGAGGGGGAGAGAGCGAGAAGCAUUCCGAGGGUUGGUUUGUUUUUGGCGUAAAGGUCGCCUUGCAUGCUGGUUACGCUUGCGAAGAAUCACCCUGUGGGGCGUCCUUUAAGCAGCAAGCGUAAGCAAGUAUAGGAAGCGGAACGGCAACAGACGAGACCUGGGUCCCACCAGAUCGUGGCCAAUCUGUAGCUCCGUGGCGGCAAUAUGGAAAGGUGAAGCAAGGUGGAUCCCGUUGUUCCCCAGUUGGUUUAAAUCGGUGCUACGGUGAAAACCGCAGUUGAACUACCUGGGAAGGGAAUGCAUAAAUAAACCACCAUGGAAAGAGCAAGCGGCCCUGUCCUGCAGCUCCAGCCACUUGCGACAGAGGCCGUCCCGCGGGUGACUCAUGAGGACUCCUUCUCUUACAAGGAAAACUUGAUUGGUGCCUUGCUGGCUAUUUUUGGACACUUGAUUAUCAGCAUUGCACUCAACCUCCAGAAAUACAGCCAUAUCCGGCUGGUGGGUUGCAAAGACCACCGGGCUUACUUCAAGACCAAGACGUGGUGGUGUGGCCUGUUCCUCCUGUUCCUGGGGGAGCUGGGGGUCUUCUCUGCUUAUGCCUUUGCGCCCCUUUCCCUGAUUGUGCCGCUUGGUGCCGUGUCUGUUAUAGCAAGUGCAAUCAUUGGAAUCAUAUUCAUCAAGGAAAAAUGGAAGCUGAAAGACUUCUUGAGGCGCUAUGUUUUGUCCUUCAUAGGCUGUGGCUUGACCAUCGUUGGGACAUACCUGCUGAUCACCUUUGGGCCUAACAGUCACGAGACCAUGACGGGCGAGAAUAUCACUAAGCACUUAGUCAGCUGGCCGUUUCUUUUGUAUGUGCUGGUAGAGAUCAUCAUUUUCUGCCUGCUGCUUUAUUUCUACAAAGAGAAGAAAGCUAACUAUAUAGUGGUGAUAUUGCUGUUGGUAGCACUCCUGGGUUCCAUGACUGUCAUCACGGUGAAGGCGGUGGCUGGCAUGGUGGUGGUUUCCAUACGGGGGAACCUCCAGCUGGGGUACCCCAUUUUCUACAUCAUGGUGGUUUGCAUGGUGGCGACAGCAGCCUUUCAGGCGACGUUUUUAACGCAAGCAUCACAGCUGUACGACUCCUCCCAGAUUGCCAGUGUGAGCUACAUCUUGUCCACUGCGAUAGCAAUUACUGCAGGUGCAACCUUCUACUUGGACUUCAUUGGAGAAGAUGUACUCCAUAUAUGCAUGUUUGCCUUGGGGUGCCUCAUCGCAUUUUUAGGUGUCUUCUUGAUCACUAGAAACAAGAGGAAAUCUAUCUUUUUUGAACCAUACAUCUCCAUGGAUGCUAUGCCAAGCAUGCAGAAUUUGCAUGACAACGGAACUGCAGUUCAGCCUGACCUCAAAACCUCCUUUUCCUAUGGUGCCCUGGAGAACAACGACGCCAUCUCGGAGAUCUAUGCUCCUGCUACCUUGCCGAUAGUACAGGAGGAACACAGUUCCAGAGGAGGAUCCCUGCCUCCCUACCGGGUCAUGGAGCAUAACAAAAAGGAAUGAAUGCCUUUUAAGGGACUGGCAUGACGGCUCCAAAUGUGUGGCCCUCUUAUUUAUUUAUUUUCUCUUUUUUUUAGCACCACUGAGGCAAAUAAUCAUUUUAUUUAUGCAUUAAAUAAGUAUGGAAUGGUAAA